AUGAAUAACAAUAACUUCAGCCUUAUUAUUCACCGCCUGUUAUUCAUCGUUAUUGGCGUGGCGAUCGCCACCGCCACCUACAGCUACACCUUCACCUUCCACCGCCGUCCGUCCUCGGCCCAUCAGGCCCAACCCGAGCCCAACCUCCCGACGAGGAGGGUCCUCUACGAGGCCCACGGCGAUGAUGUUGGGCCGUUAAUGAGGGCGGGCGGGAAAGUGCCGUUGGGGGUGAGGAGCAAGACGCUGAGGAUCGUGGUCACCGGUGGGGCCGGGUUCGUGGGGAGCCAUCUCGUGGACCGUCUGAUCGCGAGAGGACACAGCGUGAUCGUCGUUGAUAAUUUCUUCACGGGAAGGAAGGAUAAUCUGGUGCACCACUUUGGAAAUCCGAGGUUUGAGCUGAUACGACACGACGUCGUUGAGCCGAUACUGCUGGAGGUUGACCAGAUCUACCACUUGGCUUGCCCUGCCUCCCCUGUGCAUUACAAGUUCAAUCCCGUCAAAACCAUCAAGACGAAUGUGGUGGGGACACUGAACAUGCUGGGAUUGGCAAAGAGGGUUGGAGCCAGGUUCUUGCUGACCAGCACAAGUGAGGUGUACGGCGACCCUUUGCAGCACCCACAAUCCGAGUCCUACUGGGGCAAUGUUAACCCCAUUGGUGUCAGGAGCUGUUACGAUGAGGGAAAACGCACGGCUGAGACCUUGAGCAUGGACUAUCACAGAGGCCUUGGCAUUGAGGUGAGGAUUGCUAGAAUUUUCAACACUUAUGGACCCCGUAUGUGCAUCGACGACGGUCGUGUUGUCAGCAAUUUCGUGGCUCAGGCAUUAAGGAAAGAGCCCUUGACUGUUUAUGGCGAUGGGAAGCAAACCAGGAGUUUCCAAUACGUUUCUGACCUGGUUGAGGGUCUAAUCCGGUUGAUGGAAGGAGAUCAUGUUGGGCCAUUUAAUCUUGGAAAUCCCGGUGAAUUCACCAUGCUUGAACUUGCUCAGGUAGUGCAAGAAGUUAUAGACCCUAAUGCAAAGAUAGAGUUUAGGCCUAACACAGAGGAUGACCCCCACAAAAGAAGGCCAGACAUUUCGAAGGCCAAGGAGCUACUUGGCUGGGAGCCUGUUGUGUCCCUCAGGAAAGGACUGCCUCUUAUGGUUUCCGACUUCCGACAACGCAUUUUCGGCGACGAAAAGGACUCUGCUGCUGCUGCUUCUAAAACAUUUUAGUCAUAUAUUGUUUUAAUUAUGUUAUUAAGGGACAAUUAGUGAAGAGAUCAAUAUAG